AUGCCGAGGCCGAAGGCGACGCCGGAGUUGCACGCGAUCUCCGACUGGCCAAUCAUGGCGGUGAUGGUGGAGCACAUCGCUGGGCAGAGAGACUACCUGGUCCACAAGUCCGUCUGGCACAUGAGCGACUCCACUCUCAAAUACAUAUGUGAGUCCGUCUGAUUAAAAUUCAGUGUCGAAUCGGAUUUGCUACACGCUCAUUUUAUUCGACUUUCUCAGCUAAUCGGCGACGAUUCAAUUAUUUCAUUCGAUCUCUCUCGGCUGCGAAUGAAUGCAUAUUCUUCGAAGAACGAGCUCGCGCCAUCAUCACGAUCUUCACUCAGCUCAUCACAAUUCACGAGUGAUUAUCCUGACAAGAAUAAUUGUUGCAUGCGAUCCGGACUUCCAUUUGAUUUACCGCAACCGAUUGAGCGAUUAUCCUCGCAAGAACAAACCCAUGUCUUCGAAUCAUACGGAGUAGAAUAAACUCGAAUUACGCAGCAUUUGUUGACCUCAUGAUUCCCAGAUGCCAUGUACAUGAUGUUCACCUGCUGGGGUUGCUGUUUCUUCGGCUCAACCAAAGUAAGCUUCAGCCACCACCCUGGCAAUCUCAUCACUCGUUCCAGCCACUGUAAGGGGGGUGAGUGACCUUACUCCCCUAUUCUCGGAGCAGGACCCAUUCUACGACGGGGAGCAGUACCGCAAGGACGGGGGAGACGGAACAGUGCACUGGGUCUACGAAAAGGUGAGGCCUUUUUUGGCGGCUGAACCUGGGCAUCAUCUUGUGGUGUUGAGGCUAUCGUUGAAGUGCUUUCUUCUUACAAAGUCAGCGGGCCCUUGACUUCAUCGUGGUUGAGUUGCACGCCCAUUCGAUUCAACCUCUCUCGCGUUCUCUCAAUUGCGGCUGACCAGUCGAUGAAAUUUCCGGUCGCAGCAAGAGGACAUUGAGGAGUCUGCGAGGGCAGAGCUGUGGAGAGAGGAGCUGAUCGAGGAGAUCGAGCUCAAGGUCGGCGGCCUGAGAGAGCUUGAAGAGGCCGGCAGGGAAGAAGAGCUCGUCAAGUGA